AGAUGAGAAUAAUAUCAUAUAAUAAUGAAUAAUCCAGAAAAAAAAAAACAAAAAAAAAAAAAUUAGGGGGUUUCUUAUGAUUUUCAAAUCGUUUAUACCGAGUAAUCUAAUAUCCUUAUUCAUGAGGAUAAUCAAUUCAGUCCUGUCAGUCCUUGUGGUCGGACUCUAUUAUGGAUUUCUGACCACAUUAUCCCUAGGUCCCUCUUAUCUCCUCCUUGUACAAACUUGGGUUAUGGAACAAGGAGAAGAAGGAAACGAGAAGACAGCAGCAACAACUGGCUUUCUUAUGGGACAGCUCAUGCUGUUCAUAUCGAUCUACUAUGAGCCUCUGCAUUUAGCAUUGAUUAGACCUCAUCUACUAAAUGUCCUAGUUCUACCGUAUCUUUGGUUUUAUUACUUCUGGAACAAUGACAAAGACUAUUUUGAUUUUUUUGAUUAUUAUGCAGGAGAGACUGCCGGAAAUUCAAUGCGUAAUCUUAGGAUUCAAUGUGUAUUCCUGCAUAAUUUAAUUUUUCAAUUAGUCAACCAUUUCAUUUUACCAAGUCCAAUGUUAGCCAGAUUAGUCAACAUUUAUAU